AUGUCCCCCACCGCCAUCACUGAGCAGCCCGCCACCAACGGCAAGGCCAAGGCCGCCGACCCCCUCCUCGCCCUCGACAAGGUCCUGCCCGUCCUCUCGCGCAACCCCCUCAAGGACCGCAUGCACGCUGGCAACUUCUCGCCUUGCUACUACAUCCAGAUGGUGUCAUCCCCCGAGGUCCUCAACCUCGCCAAGCUCGCCGGCUACCACGCGACCGUCCUCAACCUCGAGCACCACAAGACUGGUAUCGAGACGGCUUCGGACAUCUGUCUCGCUGCUCUGAACCGCGGCAUCGCCCCCAUCUGCAUCGUUCCCUCGCUCCAGAACGACUGGAUCUCCCGCCUGCUCGACAACGGCGCUCAGGGUAUCAUCGUCCCCCGCGUCGGCACGGCCGACAUGGCCCGCGAGAUGGUGCGCUUCGGCAAGCACCGUCCUCUCGGCGAGCGUCCUCUUGCCUUCUCCCCCCAGCUCCAGUUCCAGAUCCCCGACUUCCGACAGGCCCAGGAGGCGCAGAACCUCACGUCCAUCAUCGCGCCAAUGAUCGAGACGGUCGAGGGGCUCGCCAACGUCGAGGAGAUUGCUGCCGUUAACGGCCUGGACGCCAUCUUUGUCGGUGUGCACGACCUCUCAGAUGACAUGGGUAUCGGCGGCGAGUUCUCCAACCCCCGCAUCUACGAGGCCCUGUCCAAGAUCUGUCGCGCUGCCGCAGCCAACGGCCUGUACGUCGGCUUCGGCGGCCUCGAGUGGCGCCCCGACCUCAUCGGCCGCCUCCGCAAGGACUUUGGAUCCACCGUCGCCUUUGGUAUUGCUGGACGCGACGGCGUCUUCCUCCUCAACGGCAUGCGCGAGGUCGUCAAGCGCUUCCAGGACGUCGAGGCGGGUAUCGAGGUGCCAGCCCUCGCUUAG